GAAAAAAAAAGCCCUAUGUCUCUAGAUAUCCAAUUAAAAUUGUUAGUUUCAGGCAUCAGGCGGUAAAAAAAAAAUAAAAGUCGGGAUGUUGUGAAGAUUGAAGUUGUAGUACAUGCAAGUAUCUCAGAGCCAAGGAAGAUUGAAGGUUGAAGGUGAGAGUAGGUUAGAGCUAGCGUAGUUGCGGGCCUGGUAAAAGUUUGUGCAGAGAUAGAUUUGGAUUUUAGAAAUUAUGGAUCUUUGAUAGGUAUGCAUAGUAGUAGCAAAUAAUGAAGAUUUAGGUCGGAGGAAUUUGGCAUCAGAAUCAACAAAGUUCGCAUUGAAAUGUGGACCAAUAUUUUCCGAAUCGGAGGUCUUCAUCAAAUUUCAUGGUUCCAGUUUCUUCCCAAUGAAUCCGAUGUAACUUGUGUACCGGAUAAAAGUUCAAGGACAGAUGAAAGAGUUGAAGUGCUAUCUUCACAUCUUCAACUGCAAAAGGAUGGAUUUCUUAGCUCUUGGACCAACUCAUUUGUGGGACCUUGGGACCCUUCUCAGGGAAUGCACAACCCUGAUGACAAAAUUAAGCUUUGGCUUUUUCUUCCUGGACGCCACUCCUCCGUUGCUGAUGCUGCUCAACCUGCUCUAUCUAGAUUAAAAGUGGUUGCUUCUGGAAUCUGGAUUUCUCCUGGUGAUUCAGAAGAGGUUGCUUCUGCUUUAUCGCAAGCUCUCAAAAAUCGGUUAGAGAGAGCACUUCUGGGUCUCUCAUAUGUUAGAUAUGGUGAUGUAUUUUCAAGAUACCGACCAUUUUCACAAAGUGAAGAACUAUUCAGGAAAGGCCAACCAACAAUUGAAUUUGUCUUUGCUGCUAGUGAAGAUGCCAUCUUUGUGCAUGCUAUAUCAUCGGCAAAGCAUGUACGAACUCUUUCAGGCGGUGAUAUGGAGAAAGUGUUGAAGCUUUCUUCGAGUAGCCUUGGCCAGAGACUUCCUGUUAUAGUCUCUCCUCAUGGAAUGCAUGGCAAGGUUACUGGUUGCUGUUCAAGUGAUCUUGUGAAGCAGGUUUUUAUCGGGUCUGGCUCAUCAAGAAAUUCAUCUGCUUUAGUAGGUCUAUCACAUCCUGUUUCUGACGCAUCUGGUUGCAAGUUGAGAGGGCAGAGUUACUACUUAGAAGUUACCCUUGGCUGCAGUAUUUCUGGAAGUGAAAAGGGGAUUUUGCCUAAUUUAAAUAUCAACAGGUCCAAUUGCCCUACAUCUGGCUCUCCCUCCAGUGCUAAAGGCAAUCAGAAAGUAUCUACAGGCGACGCUCCGUUUUGUGAGAAGACAUUCAUAUAUCCUUCGGAGGCGGUUCUUGUUCCAGUUCUACAAACCUCAUGUGCAAGAUCCUUUUUAAAGAGAUUUUGGCUACCAAACUGGACAGGGUUGUCGUUGGCUGGUUCAUCUCUCUUUAUGCAAUACUGUGGCUCUGAGACAGACAUGGAUGAUUCAUGGUCUGAAUCUGAUGGGAUCAGCAUGCAGCAUGGUUUGAAAAGUAGCAGCAAUAGCAAUUGUAGUAGCAUCAGCAGCAUAAGCAGCAGCUCAAGUGAUAGUGACUGUAGAGCCAAGGCAACAUCUGGUGACCUUGAAGCCGAUGCUGAUUCCUUAACUGGCAGACAGUCGGGCUUAUCAACUGUUGAUCCUAUGGAGAUUAGUGGUCCUAAACAGGGUGCAAAACGUCCCCGUUCAGGAGCAGAGGAUUCAUAUAUUCAAGCAGGUAACAGCAAUUCAGGCUUUACAGGAGUCACAAAUGAUCAAAGUGGGUCUCAAUGGGACUGGGAUGAUGAUGAAAGAGGUGUGGGCAUGGAUAUACAAGCACUUCUUUCUGAGUUUGGCGACUUCGGUGACUUCUUUGAAAAUGAAGCUUUACCAUUUGGAGAGCCCCCAGGAACCGCAGAGUCUCAGGCACAUAUGUUUCCGGGGCAAGACUGUGGUGAUGGAGGUGGCAGUCCUUCAGGUGCUUUAGUGGAUGUUCCGGAUCAGAUGGUUUUACCAGCUGGUUUCCAGAUGUUUGAAAGCUUUCAACCUCCUGCAACUGGCAUGGAAGAGUGUGUUGGUGCUAUUCAAGAAGGGACAAAAAGUACUUCAUCUGGUCCUGUGAGCUGUGCACCAGCAGCUUCAACUGGUGAAGUUGAUCAUGUAAUGAAAGCGGAGGCAUUGUUGACUUUUGCUCCUGUAUAUGGAGCAGUUGAGGGCCCUCCAAGUGAGCUCUCCUCGACUGUGUUUAAAAGUCCGUAUCAGCCAAAACCUCAGACAGCUGAGAGUUUAAAUUCAAGUGGAAAUAAUUAUGUUUAUGGGGCGACGCCACCUUCAUCUCCUGGAAAUGGAUCUGAAGAAUAUCCUGGCAUAACUGCUGAUUCCAAAAGACAUCCUGGAAAGCAUGAUAUUGGUGCUGUUCUUCAAAAGUUUUACACUCAGAUUGAGAGAGGUCAAAAUCCAGGGGAUACAAAGUCUGCCACGUGUAACAAUACCAUUGUAUCAUCUGAGGGGGCAUCUUUAUCUUUGUUUUCUGGUUUCAACUCGGCAAUUGCUGUUAAAUCAGUUCAGAAUAUGAUAGGGGAAGUUGCUAAUAGUUCCAAGCAUCUCCUUCUAUCUCAGCAAACAGUCCCUGCUGUCGAACUUGAGUGCCUUAUUUUCCAAGCUUACAUGUGCAGGAUAAGACAUACGUUAUUGUCUUUUGGUAACCCUGCUUUUACUGCCUGGAACAGACCUACAGGCAACACGGGGUUGGCACUAUUGCCUGGUGAUCCAAGCAGCACGCUUGAGAAUUUGUCCAGUAAAUCUGAGUUGAGGAAGAAGGAAUCCAUACCAGUUAGAAUUGCUGGUGAUUUUGAUGGAGGUAUGCUUGAUAGCCCUUUUCAUGCACCCAUUGGGGUUUGGCGCUCUGUUGGAGCCCCUAAACCUGCUACUACACCCACUACUGAGGUUUUUCCUUCUUUAUCUCAUCACAAAUUUAAUGAGGAAGCCAUGGUAUCUUAUCGAAAAAGACAGCCACUUCAAGAUUUUCUUGAUGCCAUGCCAUUACUUGUCCAACAAGCUGCAUCUUUUGUUGAUGUUGCAUUUGAUGGUGAAUUUGUUGAUGGUCCGUAUAGUUGGCUUGCUUUGCAAGAGCAGUGGAGGCGGGGAUUUUGUUGCGGGCCAAAUAUGGUUCAUGCUGGUUGUGGUGGCGUUUUGGCUUCUUGCCAUUCUUUUGAUAUUGCUGGUGUGGAUCUGCUAGAUCCUGUUUCAGCUGAUGUUCAGGCAUCAUCGGUGAUAAGUUUGCUGCAGUCUGAUGUCAAAACAGCACUGAAAUCUGCAUUUGGUACCUCUGAUGGUCCUUUAUCUGUUACAGAUUGGUGUAAAGGUCGAUCUCAGUCAUCAGAUGCAGGAGCGACGUGUGAUACAUUAUCUGCUGAGUCCACUUUAAGUGAAUAUAGGGAUUCUUCUAAUACUGCAUCAAUAUCUAUGGUGGACCCCGUGAGCCCAUCACAUCCUCUUGGUAUGCUGUCUGGUAUGAGAGAUGGAAGCAAAGGGGAUGACACUUGUCAAAGAAGAUCAAGCCAAGAGCACUGUAUCUCGGAUUCAGAGCUGCAACCAGGGUCACGGAGGCGGCCAACCCUGUUUGUAGUUCCAUAUCCUUCUAUCCUUGUCGGGUACCAAGAUGAUUGGCUGAAGACAUCAGCAAGCUCUUUACAGUUAUGGGAGAAGGCUCCUCUUGAGCCGUAUGCUUUUCAAAAACAUGUGUCUUAUUAUGUUGUCUGUCCAAAUAUUGAUCCCCUUACUAUGGUGGCUGCUGAUUUUUUCCAAGAAUUAGGAAGCGUUUAUGAGACGUGCAAGUUGGGGAGCCAUACACCACAUGCUGUUGGAAAUCAAAUGGAUGUAGAUUCAGGGAAGUGUUCAACUUCUGGUUUUGUUCUCCUCGAUAACCCUCGAUCAGUGAAGGUUGAAGGUAGCAAUGCUUCUUGUAUGGGAUCAAUAAGUGAUUUUUUUCUUUCUUUAUCAAGUGGUUGGGAUCUUGCAAGCUAUCUGAGGUCUCUUGCCAAGGUUCUGAAAACCUUACAGCUUGGUUCGUGCUUGGCUGCAAACACAAAAGAAGGAAAUAGUAGUCCUUGUACGGUGAUCUAUGUUGUAUGCCCAUUCCCGGAUCCAACUGCUGUUCUUCAGACCAUUGUUGAAUCUUCAGUUGCUGUUACUUCAGUAUUUUUCUCACCGGAGAAUGACAAGAGAGCCAUGUUGCAUAGUCAGGUGGGGAAAGCUUUAAGCCAUGCAGCAGGUGUUGAUGAAGCAUCCAUAUCAAAUAUUCCUGCUCUUUCUGGAUUCAAUCUUCCUAGAUUAGUCCUGCAAAUUGUUCCCAUAGAUGCCAUUUUUCGAGUUACAAGUCCAAGUCUUAAUGAACUUGCUAUGCUCAAGGAGAUAGCUUUUACUGUCUACAACAAGGCUAGGCGUAGAUCACGAGGAUCCUCCAAUGAUUUUAUCCAAUCAUCAACCUUUUCUGGUAGAUCUCCAUCUAUGUUGGUGAACAUGACUAAUCCAAUUUCAGGUAUGUGGAAAGACUGCGUUGGCUCUCGUAUUACAGGUCCAUCCCUGUCAAGGGAAGGUGAGCUUGAUCCUGGUUUGAGAGCCGGAACAUGGGAUAAUACUUGGCAAGCUGCAAGAUCUGGGGGCUUAAGUUGUGACACAAUGCGAAGUGGUGAUUCCUUCUUUCAAGAGGAGGUCCAUUACAUGUUUGAACCACUUUUCAUUUUGGCUGAACCGGGCUCGGUGGAGCAGGGGGUAUCACCUACAUUUAUUGGUAAUGUGGCUACAGAUGAUAGCAGUGCAUUAUAUGCACAGAGUUCAACAGUAUGCGGAGAUACAGGACCGAGCUCCCAGCUUGAUGGAUCCGAUGGAGAUGGCUUUGGAUCUGGCCAACCGAGAUCGCCCCCAAGCCUGCAUUGCUGCUAUGGUUGGACAGAAGAUUGGCGUUGGCUGGUGUGCAUAUGGACUGAUUCGAGGGGAGAGCUGCUGGACAGUCACAUUUUCCCUUUUGGUGGAAUUAGUAGUAGACAAGAUACAAAGGGCAUGCAACAUCUAUUUGUCCAAGUUCUUCAACAAGGCUGCCAACUACUUCAGGCCUGUGCUACCCCCGAUAAUGGUGUAGCAAGAGCAAGAGAUUUCGUCAUUACACGGAUUGGGUGCUUUUAUGAGCUAGAAUGCCAAGAAUGGCAAAAAGCACUCUACUCAAUUGGGGGUUCAGAAGUGAAGAAAUGGCCAUUGCAACUGCGGCGAGCUAGUCCAGAUGGCAUACCAACAAACAGUAAUGGAGCUUCCUUGCAGCAACAGGAAAUUGAGAGAAGCUUGCCUUCUUCACCUAACCCAUUGUAUAGUCCCCACUCAAAAUCUUCUGGCUUUAUGAAAGGAGGGUUGGGACAAACUACUAGUAGAAAGCAACUUAUGGGUGGGCCAGCUGUUGUGGAUGGCUCAAGGGGAUCAUUGCAGUGGGUACAGAGCAUCAGCUUUGUUUCAGUAUCUGUUGACCAUUCUUUGCAUCUUGUCUCCCAAGCUGAUGUCUCUACUGGGAGCAGUCAAAGUAGUGGCAUUGUGGGUUCGUUGAGUUACCUUGAAGGUUUUACCCCUGUUAGAUCUCUUGGUUCUACAUCGGCAUCUUACAUUUUGAUCCCUUCUCCUAGCAUGCGUUUCCUCACUCCCUUCCCUCUUCAGCUUCCAACGUGCCUGACCUCUGAAUCUCCCCCUUUGGCUCAUCUCCUCCAGAGUAAAGGCUACGCGAUUCCGCUUUCAACAGGUUUUGUAGUUUCAAAAGCUGUUCCGUCGCUUAAGAAAGAUAUCAACAAUGUAAGAGAAGAAUGGCCUUCAGUUCUUUCAGUUAGUCUUGUUGAUUUUUAUGGAGGCUAUGGUGUUCCUAAUGACAAAUUGGGAAGAGCACAUCAGAAGCAGACAGGAAGAGGCAUGGUUUCUGAUGCCAGGGAGUAUGAGGUUGAGAUUCAUUUGAUACUUGAGUCAGUUAUGGCUGAGCUACAUGCCCUGUCAUGGAUGACGGUAAGCCCUGCGUAUCUGGAUAGACGUACUGCACUACCCUUCCAUUGCGAUAUGGUAUUGAGGCUGAGAAGGUUGCUAUAUUUCGCUGAGAAGGAAAUAUCUCGUCAUCCAGAAAAAUUAAAAGUAUAAUUAUCGUCAAUGGACUGUUCAUUGAAUAGAUGUUAGCAUAGGAAUGUGAAUCGAGCACCUCUAGGCUGCUUUUCACUGGUUCAACUGUGGUGUUUCUGUAUUCACCUUUAACAUGUAAAGUCUGUAUAUUAUCUCCUGGGGAUAAUAUUGAGUCCCACAUUGGCAGAGAAGUACAAAAUUAGUCAAAAGAAACUAGACAUAGGAUCGGAGGUGUAUAGACGUAUAGGAAAAUUAGAGUUCGUAUUUCUGAGCAAAUGGAAGAUGGUAGUGGAAUGGAGUAGCAUUCUUUCAACGUGAUGUGAACUGGAUAUAGUCGUGAAUGGAAUUACAUUCUUUUAGUAUGAUCUGAACUGGAAAACCGUGCAUGAUAUAUUCUUUUAAUGUGAUGUAAACCAGAGGUCACUGUUGACA